AUGGCUUUGCCAGCAAAUGCCCAAGAAGGUAGCGGCACAGCUGAAGGCAUAUAUUUAGAAAGUGAGAAAGACAGUGCUACUGUAUGUACUUGGCAAGCCAAGUUAAGAGGAUCAACGAACAAGUUUGUUGGCUAUGUUGGAUCAGUUGAGGAAGCCAUGACUGUAAUAAGACAAUAUGAACUGGAAACAACAACAAAAUUCUCUUGUUUUAAAUCAGACAAAAUGUUUGGUGCUGGAGGUAAGAUAAUUAUGAAGCAACAAAAUAAUUAUGCACUUAUCAACUGAAAGCCCCCCCCCCCCCCCAACCCCCGGGCCAAGGUGGGGGAACAAAGGGUGUUUGAUAAAAUUUGACAGCAUGUUUUGCCGUUGGGGGCUGGGGAUUUCUCAAGAUUUGCCAUGUUUUAGUUUUCUCCUACAGGACUGUAGGUGGGGGCUUUAAAAGUUUAAGUGCCCCCUCAUGCGGGUUAAUCACCAUUGUAGUUGACAUGAAGUCAAAUCCCCACCCUGUCCUGGGGGUGGGGGAGGGGGGAUUUCAGUUGAUAAGUGCAUAAACAAUAAGUCGGUCAUAAAAAAAUUCUUGAAUCUGAUUGGCUAUCAGCAGCUAUGAUUUUAGCAGUGCAGUGUAACAUAAUAGGGUUAAGAAUGCUGGAGUAGAAUGUGGUGUAGCUUGCACGCCAGAUUACAAUCAAAAGAUUAUAAUAAACAAUGCUGUGAUCUUAGAAAUUUUUCUUUUGUUGGGGGGGUGGGGGAAAUAUGCUGGAGUAGAAUGUGCAUAUUCUAAACACAGUAGUAUUCAUGGCAUGAACAAUUUAUGAAUCAAAGACAUGAAAUACCGUAAAAUUCCGAAAAUAAGGCCCGGGGCGUAUAUUUUUGAAAAGCCCUUUUUGAGGGGCUUAUAUUCGGAGGGGCUUAUAUACGGGAGGGAAAUUUGCGUUUCAAAAUCGAUUGGGCUAGCCUUAUAGUUGGAGGUAAAUUACCGUUUUUGCUUUGUUUUAUUUUGUAUUUGAGGGCAAUUUUCCAAGUAAAAGCCCCCGGGGGGCUUAUAUUUGGAGGGGCGAUUUUACAGAGGGUUUUUUGCGUUACCAGUUUGGGGGGCUUAUAUUUGGAGGGGCUUAUACACGGAGGGGCUUAUUUUCGGAAUUUUACGGUAUCUUUAAAUCUAUGGUUGACUGAGUACUAUCUGCAAAGGGGCAUGUAAUACAUUGGCUUGACUGUGGGGUAGGUUGCAUACCAGGUUACAUUCAAAAUUAUAAUAAACAAGGCUAUGCUCUAAGAAAAAAAAUUUGGGGAGCCCAAAACACUAACCCUUUGACAUUCUGGCUGCCCAGCAUAGUAAUUUUGGGCAAAAACUAAGAUUGCUUUCUUGCCGAAAAGCAACAGUAAGUCACCAGGGGCCUCUGAGGACUGCUAGAGUACAGCCCUAAUAAACAUAAUACAGACUUUCCUUGUUUCUAUGACACAGAUCCCUUUGCCAAGCAAAGAAAAGUCUAUUUCAAAGAUGACAAAAUUCCAUUUGAUGGAGUACCAUUCAGUAUAAUUGGCACCAAGGUAUUUGACUGCCAACAUGGACCAGACAGGAAAAAGUCAUUUAAAGCGAGACAUUCUGAAGAGAAGGUAUGUUGGUUAUGACUAAAAAAUAUCUGCAUUUUUAUUUCACAGCCACAGCCUUUUUGGUGCUUUUAGCACUAAACUGUAAGGAAUCUAUAAUAUUAAUCUUCUAACUACAGGUUGAUGAUCACUCAUUCAAAAGGAGGAGGUUUCUACCUCAAGACACAAUGAAGUUUGGCUGCCCUGCAAGUAUUUGUUUAUCAAAAGUCAUAAAGUAUUGCAAUUACAAGGUACAAAACCACCAUCACAAUAGUGAUAAUACCAAUUGACAUUAUACUUCCGCUCAGUAAAAUACAUCCCUUCAUUUCAUAACUUAUUACUGUCUUUUAACUCUAUUAGAUCAGGGAUGACACAGAAAGACUAAGAAGGGACAUGUCCAAAAAGCUGAAGACUGAUAUAACCAGCGGACAGAAACCCCAAGUGGAACGCAGAAUUUAUAUCCAAUUACCAAAGGAGGAUGAACACAAAGAUCACAUCACUGGAGAGGUCUGUUGAUGUCAAUGGAAAGAACUGGGACACUACCUUAACUUGAGAACAAUAAUAUUAACUUUUGUUUUUGGCUCUUUUUGUUUGAGUAAUAGUUGAAGGCUUAAGGAAAAACACUUUGAAUGGGUGGGACAAGAGUUGAGUCAUUUUCAUAUAAACCUUCUAGUUUUUCAUGUAUAAAUCAUUAUGGUAAUUAUAGUUUCGGACAGGUAUUACUUUCCUAUGAAAAGGCAAGAAGGCAUGUGAAAGAAAGUCAAGUCAGACCUUCCACUCAAAGGCUAGGUCACAAAGUACAACAGGUGUAUGGGUGGCUACAUGCUAUGUAGUGUUAACAAUCAUAGCCUAGGUCUGUAAAUGAAGUAAUGAUCAUGAAAAAAGGUCCAAGUAGUGUCUAGGACUAAAAUAGAAGCUGAUAAAAAAUAAACAAAAUUGUCUAGGAAUUAUUAUUUCAACUGAUUUGUUGCUAUUCUAUCCAAAUAAUUUGUUUUUUGAAUGUUGUUGUUGACAGAAGUGACAUUUCAUUCAUUACAUGUAAGUGUACAUUGUACCAGCAGUGCCUACAACUAUCAGCAUGGCUGUCAAAAUAUUUCUGUCAAACAUGUAAUUCCAUUUUAAUUUUUCUCCUCAUGUAUCAAACAGCCAGAUUGGUGGCAUUCUGCAGCCCAUCGACAUCGCCGAAGGUGUGAAAACUGUGGACAAAAUGUUAAGACAUCUUAGGCAAUUCGUAAAAACUGAACUACUUCCAGGGCAAUCUCCACCAGCAUCAACAAACAGGCGCUAUUAUCCAACAGAUGUGGACAUCAGGAACCACAUGUAUCAGGCAUCAGUCAAAAAAAUCCUGUCCAAAUCUGAUCAGGAAAACCUUGAAAAGAAAAUUGAAAAUUGGUGA